AUGCCGACAUCCACAGCUGAUGCAUUCGCGCACGACACUUCAGACCCGCUCGACGGCGUCGACCACAUCAUCGUCAUCGACAAUGGAGCGCACAACAUCCGCAUCGCCUCCAUCCCCUACCCUUUCCCCUCCGACCUGCUCUCUUCGACUAUCGAUCCGACCGUGCUCGCCUCUACGAUACCCAUCGAUGUCUUUCCGAACGCCAUAGCGCGCACCCGCUCGCCGCACACUAUUCCUUCAUCCACCUCGCCCACCGCUCCUCCUCCAGGAGGCAAGACCUCCCUCUUCGUCUCCUCCCACAUCCACACGCUGCUCGACGACUAUGCCGCCCUCCACCUCCGCCUACCCCACCAGAGCGGCGUCAUCGUCGACUGGGCAGCGCAGAAGCAGAUCUGGGACCACGUCUUCGCCAACCACCUAGCAAAGCUGCCCGGGGCGACGGGCAAGAAGGGCAAGUUGCUGCAGGGCAAAGCGGUGAUCCUGACCGAGACGUAUUGCAAUGUCGAACCGGUGCAGUAUGCGAUGGAUCUGCUGCUGUACGAACAGUAUGGGGCGCAUGCUGUGUGGAGGACGAGUGCGGCAGGGCUGGUUGGAUUGGGGACCGAUGUCUUUCGCACCCCACAACCGUCGGUGUCAGAGGACGACACGCAUAACGAACAAGACGCUGCGAUGGAGCACAAUGAGCCGUCCACAUCAAAGCGACCAGCACGCGCACCUCGAACCGCAACAACAACCACCAGCACGACCGCGACAAUCCCUCGCAUACUCCCCCCGCCACUCCCCCAAUCGCUUCUAGUCCUCGACCUCGGCUACUCGUACUGCCACGCCAUCCCCAUCCUCCACGGCCAACCGCACCUACCCUCGAUACGCCGCCUCGACCUCGGCGGCAAGAUGCUCAUCAACCUCCUCAAGGAGACUCUAUCAUUCGGUCAGCUCGACAUGAUGGACGAGAGCUGGUUGACGUCCCACAUUUUCGCGCGGGUGAGCUUUGUCGCUGCCAGCGUGGGCCGACGAUCUUCGGCCGGGUUAGGGCAGAGAAAGGCGGCGGAGUGGAGCUAUGAAGACCUCCUAGCGCUGGAGCGAGAGGGGAGAGGUGGGAUCGGGGUGACGUGGAGUCUGCCGGACUAUGGAGGUGGCGAUAAAGGUGGGGAGGAGAGGGAUCGUGCCAGGUAUGGAUACAUUCUUGACGGUCCGAAUCCGCCACGCUUCGAUGGUGACGAGCGACGCAAGCGAUCGGUCGACUGGGACUCGGCCUUCAUCGCCACCUCCUCCCCUACCACCUCUCGUCGUCUGCCCCCCUCAGACGAAGACGAGGAAACCCAAACCCUCAAGCUCGCCACAGAACGCUUCUCGAUCAUGGAAAACCUGUUCAACCCAACGGCCCUAUCGCUCGAUCAACAGCCUCUACCGCUGCUCGUCCGGGACGCCAUCGCCUCCUUCGCCCACUCUGGGCUUCCGCACGCCCGCGCCGCCGCCGACAUGAUGUGGUCCAACAUCAUCCUCACCGGCGGUCUCGCCAAUUGUGUAGGUCUCAAGCGGCGAUUGGAGCACGAGCUGCGCAGUUUGGCGCCCGAGGAUGUGGGGGUGAAGAUCUGGACCGACGAGGGCGAUGCGAGUCUCACGGCGGUGCGGUCGGGAGUGGGGGUGGCGUGCGAGGUGGCUGCGAAGGAGGCGGUGAGACGGGAGAGCUCGAGGGGUGAGGAUGUGAAAGCGGGCAAGAAGAGGGGGAGGAAGAGCCGAGCAAGUGUGACGGUGGAAGAGGCGGAGGAAGAGGUGGGCGGGAGGUGGUUGACGUAUGCACAGUGGAUGAACGCCGGAUCAGGAAGCGAGGCGGACAUUGUUCGAGCUGCCAAUGCCGUGUUCUACCCUUCCUUUGAAGGAUAG